AUUCAAUUCAUAGGUUUCUGUGGCUUCUACUGUCCAUACCAUAACCUUGCCUAAAUUUUUUGUAGAUAAUGAAUUUCAGAUGAUUUCAUCUUUCUAUUCUUCUUUCUUCUGAAAUCAUCACACCUUGGAAUUCCAUUGCUCAAUUUGCUAGUUGUUUAUCCCUUUAUCCUGGAGCACACCCCAUUUUUCUAAAGCUGAUCAAACGCUAACAGAUAAAAAAUGGCUGUCACUAAGGUCUACAUUGUGUAUUACUCUUUGUAUGGACAUGUGGACACCAUGGCAAGAGAAGUGCUAAGAGGGGCUUCUGCAGUUGAAGGUGUUGAAGCAACACUCUGGCGGGUACCUGAGAUGCUUUCUGACCUAAUAUUGGAAAAGUUGAAAGCCCCUUCUAAACCAAAUGAUGUACCAGACAUAAGGCCAGAACAACUUGUAGAGGCUGAUGGUUUGAUAUUUGGUUUUCCUUCUCGUUUUGGCAUGAUGCCAAGCCAGCUCAAGGCCUUCUUUGAUGCCACUGGUGGGUUAUGGGCAUCUCAAGCACUGGCUGGCAAACCUGCUGGAAUCUUCUGGAGUACUGGUUUUUAUGGUGGAGGCCAAGAACUGUCAGCAUUGACAGCAAUAACUCAAUUAGCUCAUCAUGGUAUGCUUUUUGUUCCUCUUGGAUAUACUUUUGGAAGAGGCAUGUUUGAGAUGGAUGAAGUUAAAGGAGGCUCUGCUUAUGGGGCUGGAACUUUUGCAGGAGAUGGAUCUCGUCAACCUACUGAACUAGAACUGCAGCAGGCCUUUUACCAGGGUAAAUACAUUGCUGAAGUAACGAAAAAGCUAAAAGGCUAACCUCUCUGCCUAACAUAAGAUACUUUCAACUGUGAAGUUCUUAUAACUUUUAUUGGACAGGCUUGAGGUUACUUUUACUGAUGAACAAGAUACAAAGGUCUCAUGUUCCUUUUCUUUUUCUGGGUUAUGUGGCUGCAAGAAUAUAUAUCUUCUGAUGAAAUAAUAAGAUAUUUAGUAUUUACAAAGUAAGAAGAAAAUUGUG